AUGGACGCUCUGCUGGCAGCUCUCGUUGCCCUCAUGGCACUCGCUGCCGCGAUGGCCGCCGUGUUGAGCACGCUCUCCAAAGCGGCGAUAUUUGCCCUCCUCGCCGUCGCACCUUGCAUCUACAGAUAUAGGAAGAGAAUUUAUGUGAUUGUGAAAACAUUACCGAGAGAUCUCAAAUUCCUAUGGCGAUUUGCAAAUGCCAUGAUUCGUACGCGGCGGUGGGCCCGCAACAACACCACGGUCGCCGAGUUGUUCACAAAGCGAGCCAAAGAGCAUCCAGAUGCACCAUGCUUCUUUGUUGUUGGAGGUCGGACUUGGACUUACAAGGAGUUGGCGGAAAGAUCGAACCAAGUGGCAAAGGUCAUGCAAGAACACCUAGGCUUAAAGCGUGGUGACGUCAUAUGCAUAUUUAUGCCAAACUGUGCGGAGUAUGUCUACAUGUGGUUGGGCAUGGCCAAACUCGGUGUGAUCUCAGCUCUCAUCAACAGCAACUUGCGGCAUAAGCCGCUACUGCAUUGCAUUCAAGUGGCUAAUGCAAAAGCCAUUAUCUACUCUGAUUGCUUAGCUGGAGCUAUUUCGGAGAUAAAGGACCAGCUGCCGCCCGGUAUAAAACAGUUCCAACUGUACGGCGAGUGCGAUGCUCAAGCAAUAGAUCUCAUUCAAGAGAUGGAAAAACAGUCCACAGAACACCCAGUUGUGGCUGAGAAACCGGAGUAUAACGAUACUCUGCUUUACAUCUACACGUCUGGCACAACGGGUAUGCCAAAAGCAGCCGUGAUGAAGAAUUCCAAGUACCUGCUGGUGGCGGUGGCGACGUACCACAUGCUGGGGCUGCGCGCGGGCGACCGCAUGUACAACCCGCUGCCGCUGUACCACCUGGCGGGCGGGCUCGUGGGCACGUCCGCCGCCAUCGUCGACGGCGUCCCCUCCGUGCUGCGCACCAAGUUCUCCGCCACCAACUACUGGCUGGAUUGCAUCAAAUAUGAGUGUACGGUGGCCCAAUAUAUCGGCGAGAUGUGCCGCUACUUGCUCGCGCAGCCGCCCCGCCCCACGGACUCGCAGCAUCGCGUCAGGAUCAUGGUCGGCAACGGGAUGCGCCCAGCCAUCUGGCAGCAGAUUGUGGAUAGGUUCAAAGUACCGCAGAUAAACGAAAUAUAUGGAGCAACCGAAGGCAACGCAAAUAUAAUAAACGUGGACAACACGGUGGGCGCGGUGGGCUUCCUGCCGAAGCUGGUGCCUGCGCGGCUGCACCCCAUCGCGCUAGUGCGCGUGGACGAGCUCGGCAACGUGCUGCGCGGGCCCGACGGUUUCUGCGUACGCUGCCAGCCCAAUGAGCCGGGAAUGUUCAUUGGGCUCAUAUCGCAGAAUAAUGCAGCGAGAGCGUACCACGGUUACGUGGACAAGAGCGACAGCAAGCGCAAGGUGGAGUGCGACGUGUUCCGCAAGGGCGACGCGGCGUUCGUGAGCGGCGACAUCCUGGUGGCGGACGAGCUGGGCUACCUGUACUUCCGCGACCGCACGGGCGACACGUACAAGUGGAAGGGCGAGAACGUCGCCACGGCCGAGGUGGAGGACGCGCUGGCGCCCGCGCUCGCGCGCCGCGACGUCGUCGUCUACGGCGUCUCGAUCCCGCAGACGGAAGGCCGCGCGGGCAUGGCGGCCAUCGCGGACCCGCAGCGCUCGCUGGACCUGCGCGCGCUGGCGCACCACCUCGACCUGUCGCUGCCCUCCUACGCGCGCCCGCUCUUCCUGCGCAUCAAGGACGACAUCGAGAUCACCAGCACGUUCAAACUAAAGAAACUGCAGUACCAGAAGGAGGGCUUCGACCCGGACGUGAUCAAGGACCCGCUGUACUUCCGCAGCGGCGCGCACUUCGUGCCGGUCACCUCGCAGCUCUUCAGCGACAUCUGCAGCGGCCGGACCAAGCUGUAGGCGGACACCCUGAGCUUAGCUAAAAUUAUAAUAUAAAUAUCGAAA